AAGGGCUGUCUCUGCACACAGACCAGUAGAAGACGCUUGGGGCGUGCAUUUUACAUAACCGGCAUCACUGCCUGCUCUUUGGUCAGGAACUGCAGAAAUGGACCAGAACAACAGUAUACCAGCCUUCCAAGGGCUGGCGUCCCCCCAGAGUGCCAUGACCCCAGGAAUGCCAAUUUUCAGUCCCAUGAUGCCUUACGGCUCAGGGUUGACCCCCCAGCCGGUGCAGAACACAAACAGUUUGUCCAUACUCGAGGAACAACAAAGGCAACAGCAGCAGCAACAACAGCAGCAGCAACAGCAACAGGCCCAGCAGGCCAACACAGUUCUUCCAGGGACAACGGGACAGACUCCCCAGCUGUUCCACUCCCAGACCGGAGCAGCGUCCACCACCACAGCGCUGCCGGGCAGCACCACGCUCUACAGCACUCCCAUGACCCCCAUGACGCCCACCACACCCGCUACACCCGAGAGCUCCGGCAUCCUUCCACAGCUCCAAAACAUUGUAUCUACUGUAAAUUUGGGUUGUAAACUGGACCUGAAGACCAUUGCUUUGAGAGCCAGGAAUGCAGAAUACAACCCAAAGCGUUUUGCUGCUGUUAUCAUGAGGAUACGAGAGCCCAGGACCACGGCUCUCAUUUUCAGCUCUGGGAAGAUGGUCUGCACAGGAGCCAAGAGCGAAGAACAAUCGAGGUUAGCGGCUAGAAAAUAUGCACGUGUGGUGCAGAAGCUCGGUUUUCCUGCAAAGUUCUUGGACUUCAAGAUUCAGAACAUGGUGGGCAGCUGUGAUGUGAAGUUCCCGAUUAGGCUGGAGGGAUUAGUGCUCACACAUCAGCAGUUUAGCAGCUACGAGCCAGAGCUGUUUCCAGGACUGAUUUACAGGAUGAUCAAACCUCGAAUUGUCCUGCUAAUAUUUGUGUCUGGGAAAGUUGUGCUCACAGGGGCUAAGGUGAGGGCAGAGAUCUAUGAGGCAUUUGAAAAUAUAUACCCCAUCCUCAAAGGCUUUCGGAAGACAACGUAGAACCUGCAGCGGCUUCUUUCUGCUUAUCCAUCUUGUCAUUUUUUACUCAGAUUUCUUCCAUUCAAAGUUCUAUUUUAAUGUUGACUCAGAAGUGGACUACUGUAAGGGCUGUUGUACAGGGAUGAGACAUCAGGUUCUACUUUUGUCUCCCAAUGUGCUUCAGAUGAUUUUUUUUUGGUCUUGGAAAAACAGGUUUUUAUAGAUCAUCCUCAGUUGUUCUGGUGGGAAACCUUAAAGUGGAGCCUCCUUUUUGUGUCCAUCUCUGCAUUUUCAGUAAUCUGCUGUUCACCUGACGUCCUCGGUUGUACAUAAAACUGUAAGAAAGUGUAAAAAUUGUUAAGAUGAGCAGUCUAAAUGGGACUGUUUGCUUUUAUUUUAAGCAGUUUUAAAUAGUUUUUUACUUUACAUUUUACAUUGUUUUAUUAACACGUGUUCAGAUCUGUCAUCCCAACACAAUAUUCCAGCUUUCUUUAUUUUUUAAAUCUCCAGAUUGAGAUCAUCUGUCAAUUUAGCCCUGAUAAAGUGAUAAAGCGGGUUUAAAGUUACUUUAAGACCUAUUAUGCUAAACAGUUAUGGAAGGGAGGUCCAGAUCAGCUGUUGAGUUCUUUAUUUUUUAUAAUCUAGUUUAGGUCUUGUAUGUGUUCAUACUUUGAUCUAUGACUGAUUAGUGCCGGACUGGAAGAAGAGCAAAACAAAAGCUUACUGUGGAAACCAAAUAGAUUUAUACCAAUUCUCAUCCCAGUUGAAAUAGUUUAAUGCAUUCUUAUAUUUUUUUCAGCGGCUCUGUAUUUUGUUCACUAUUAAGACCUUUCAGUGUACAAAAACUGCGCGAAUAUGGAUUUAGACAAAAAUCAGCAAUAAAUUACAGCGCAAUAAUGAACUGCCAUACUUAAAAAAAAAUGUUUUCUCUUUCUAAAUUCUCUUAAAAGGUUUAAGGAGUUCUUGCUGGUCACAGAUCGUGCUCAUCAUGGUUGUCUUUGCUUUUUGCUCAGGCACGCUUUGUCCAAAAUGACAUUUUUAAUGGAUCUGAAUUCAGGGCACUUCUUGAUGUACUUGUGUCACGUACACUAUUAAGUGGUCGCAUCCUUGCAACCAUUUCAAUGUUUGGCAGUCGAAGUAUUGAUUCACAGUGCAUUUGAUAACAUUUUGUUUUACCAGCUGUCUCUUCCACUGAUGUCUGUAUUGGUAGAAAAAGGAUCAAGAAGCGUUUUUACAUCUGAAUGCCUCUUUUGGAAAUGAUUAUGCAGCACUGUGCUUUAAUAAAUAUGUACAUAGUGAAUCUUUGUAAAUGUGUAUUUUCUCCAGUAACAUUCUUGACUUAAACUAUCUUUUUUAUGCUGCUUAGUUGAUUUUUUUUUCCCCUCUACUUUUUCUAGAUUAUUUUUGGUUUUCUUUUUGUCAUGGGAAGACAAAGCUACCAUUAAAUGGUC